AUGGCCUCCAAUCCGCUCAUUGGGCCGUCUGCUCUCCGAGACGUAAUAAAUCCCCAGUUUCAUCAAAACAACUUUCCAGCUGAGAUUUAUGCCAAAACAGAGCUUGGGAUAAAGCUCGACAAAGACGACCAAAUAUGUCGCCUCGCCCUGACUCCGGCUGGAUGCCCCCUCGGUCCUCUCCACUGUCCUUUAAGGCACACCACACCAUCAGUACAGAACUUCCAGCCUCCACGACAGCUUCCGACUCACCCCCGAGAACGAGAACGGCUUGCCACUGUGUGCAAACAUUGGCUGCGCGGUCUCUGCAAAAAGGGCGAUGCCUGUGAAUUCUUGCACGAGUAUAACCUUCGGCGGAUGCCUGAAUGUUGGUGGUUUGCAAAGUAUGGAUACUGCUCUGCAGGUGACGAAUGCCUUUACGCGCAUCCCAAAGAAAGGCGGAUUGAGUGUCCGGAUUACAAUAGGGGCUUCUGCAAGCUUGGACCAACAUGCCCUCGGAAACACGUACGUAAAGUCGCUUGUCAGUUGUAUCUGACUGGCUUUUGUCCUGCCGGCCCAGAGUGUCCGAAGGGCCACCCAAAGCCGCAGUUGCCGUCAGCCAGCGACUACUCCAACCAAGCUUCGUUAUCUAACAGGGAAGUCGGGCCGCCGCCACCAGGGUAUGGUAGUGGUCGCUACGACGGGCCACAAGCCGGAGGCGGUAUGGCAGCUGGCGGCCCCCCAAGGCGCAACCUUGACGAAUGCGGAGAGAAGGGCCAUUAUGCCAACCAUUGUCGAAACAGAAAUGUACCUGGCAAUCGCGGUGGCGUAGAUAGGUCGAAACGAUUUGGUGAAGAGUAG